ACUCAUCCGCUCACUUCUUCUCCAGGCAGAGCAGACGACGACAGCAGGACUCCAUCAAAAUGAUGUCUUCUUCAUCCACCCGCACCUACAUGUCCUCAGGAGGAUCUUCCCGAGUCUCUGUCUCUGGUGGUGGAGCUGGUCGUGUCACAGGAAUGCGUGCCGGUAGUGUGUAUGGAGGAGCAGGAGGAUCCGGGGUUCGCAUCUCCAGUUCUUCUCUUUCUCGAUCCUACUCUUCUGGAAGCACUGGCUAUGGCGCUGGCUUCCAUCUGUCUGAUGCCAUUGACGUGUCUGCGAAUGAGAAAGCCACCAUGCAAAACCUCAAUGACCGUCUGGCCUCCUACCUGGAGAAGGUGCGCACCCUGGAGAGGGCCAAUGCAGAUCUUGAGCUGAAGAUCCGCCAGUUCCUGGACAGCAAGACGGCUCCCUCUGCUCGGGACUACAGUGCCUACUAUGCAACAAUCAGUGACCUCCAGGUCAAGAUCCAGCAUGCUACUGGUUUAAACGGAGGGAUCUACCUCAGCAUUGACAACGCCAAGCUGGCUGCCGAUGACUUCAGAGUCAAGUAUGAGAAUGAGCUGAGCAUGAGGCAGUCUGUGGAAGCAGACAUCGCUGGCUUGAGGAGGGUGCUGGAUGAGCUCACAAUGACCAGAUCUGACCUGGAGUUGCAGAUCGAGGGUCUGAGAGAAGAACUGAUCUUCCUCAAGAAGAACCACGAGGAGGAACUCUUGGCAGUGCGUGCCCAGAUGACCGGACAAGUCAACGUAGAGGUCGACGCAGCACCACAGGAAGACCUGACAAAGAUCAUGGCUGAAAUCCGUGAACACUACGAAUCAGUUGCUGCCAAGAACCGCAAAGAUCUUGAGGCUUGGUUCCAGGCCAAGACCGAAACCCUCACCAAGGAAGUUGCUGUGAGCACAGAAACCCUUCAAAUAUCCCGCUCUGAAAUCACAGAGGUUAAGCGCACACUCCAGAGUCUUGAAAUCGAACUUCAGUCACAACUCAGCAUGAAAGCGUCAUUGGAAGGUACUCUGGCAGACACACAGGCCCGCUAUGCUGCCAUGCUAUCUGGCUACCAGUUCCAGGUGAGCAGCCUGGAAGAGCAGCUGGUGCAGCUUCGUGGUGACCUUGAGCGUCAAAGCCAGGAAUACAAGAUGCUUCUGGACAUCAAGACCAGACUGGAGAUGGAGAUUGCAGAGUACAGAAGACUGCUGGAUGGAGAGGCUACAAGUGUCUCAAGCUCAAGCUCAAGUUCCACAACACGCAAGGUGGUAACCAUUGUGGAAGAGGUGGUGGACGGCAAAGUGGUCAGCUCAUCCUCCCAAUCUACGAGCGAGGUUGUGUCUCAAAAGCAUUAAGCAACAACAAUCCACCUCAAGAGUGCUGAAAAACCAAUAAAAUGGUCUAACUGUGAA